GACGGCAGUGAUGCAGGAGCUGUUCCACACGCCGGCCUGCAGGCUGGACUCCUUCGUGACUCAGUGGCUGCAGCCGUGCCGGGAGUGGAAGGAAGAGGUGCAGGAGGUGGUGAGGACCGUGGAGCAGCUCCUGAGGCAGGAGCACUUCCAGGGGGAGCACGGACUGGACCAGGAGGUGCGCGUGCUCAAGGUAGUCAAGGUGGGCUCCUUCGGGAAUGGCACGGUUCUCAGAAGCACCCGGGAAGUGGAGCUGGUGGUGUUUCUGGGCUGUUUCCGCAGCUUCCAGGAGGAGGCCAAGUACCACAGAGACGUUCUGAGGCUGCUAUGGAAAAAAGUGUGGUGUUCCCAGGACCUGCUGGCCCUCGGGCUCAAGGAUCCAAGGGUGGCCCAGGGAGUCCCCGAUGCUCUCGUCUUCACCAUCCGUACCCAGAGGACCAGGGAGCCCAUCACUGUCACCAUCUUGCCUGCCUACAGAGCCCUGGGGCCUUCUGUCCCCAACUCUCAGCUACCCCCUGAGGUCUACGUGAGUCUGAUCGAGGCCUGCGGUGACCCUGGAAACUUCUUCCCAUCCUUCAGCGAGCUGCAGAAAAACUUCGUGAAAUACCGGCCAACAAAACUGAAGAGUCUCCUACGCCUGAUCAAACACUGGUACCAGGAGUACGUGAAAGCCAGGUGCCCCAGAGCCAAUCUUCCCCCUGCCUAUGCUCUCGAGCUCCUGACGAUCUAUGCCUGGGAAACGGGGGCUCAGAGGGAUGAGCGUUUCAUGCUGGCCGAAGGCCUCGCCACUGUGAUGGAGCUGCUCCAGGAGUAUGAGUUCCUCUGCAUCUACUGGACCACGUACUACACACCCCAGAACCCAGUCAUCAAGGACUUUCUCAGAAAACAGUUGCAGAAAGAGAGGCCCAUCAUCCUGGAUCCAGCUGACCCCACCCACAAUGUGGCGGAAGGGUACAGAUGGGACAUUGUUGCUCAGAGAGCCGCCCAGUGCCUGAAACAGGACUGUUGCUAUGACAACUGGGAGACGCCGGUCCCCCGCUGGAACACGAAGAGGGCGCGAGACAUCGAGGUGACAGUGGAGCGGUGGGGCUUCCCAGAUUUGACCCUCUGGGUGAACCCUUAUGAGUCCAUAAAGACGAUUAAAGAGAAAAUCCAGGGGAGCGCAGCCUACUCCGGCCUGCAGCGCCUGUCCUUCCAGGAGCCGGGCAGCGAGAGGCAGCUCCUCAAAAGUCGCAGCUGCUUGGCCGAUUAUGGGAUCUUCUUCAACAGCCGCAUCUCUCGGCUGGAGACCGUGUCCACCGAGAUCCAGGUGUUUGUGAAGAAGCACGAUGGCGGGAGCCACGCCUAUGCCAUCGAGCUCAACAGUGUCGUCUGGGCUCUGAAGCGGCAGAUCGAAUACCGGCAGGGGCUGCCCACAAAGCAGCAGCAGCUGCAGUUCCAAGGCGAAGUCCUGCACGACUCGCAGCGUCUGGGAUACUAUGGCAUCCAGGACAGCGACACCCUCGUCCUCUCCGUGAAGGCUCAGUUUCCAGCCAGCUAGUUUCCUCUGGGAAACUUCUCUGUGCAUUGCUACCAUCUAAUGCAGAAUUCAUGCUAUCGGCCACCCUUCCAGUUCUCUUCUGGGGAGGGCCCAGGUCUUCGCCAGUGUUAUAAAUAGUUAUCCUCGCCCUGCCUGUAGGGGAAUAAGGAACGGUACGAGAGACUAAAUAUGCAAACAGACAAUGGCCAGACCACAUGCAGCAACAGAAUUCUGACCUACAAUCCUCUGCAGCAACCAACCCCAAACCAUCAGGACUUGGCCAAUAACUGCCAGCUUCUCUAACUCCCCACCCUAGCCUUACCCUGCUUCCAAUGUAGGGACAACCAGAGAAAACCAAAUAAGCUCCCCAAACCACCCACAAGACUAGCCCAACUCCUAGUAAGCACUGCUGACAGCUUCCCCACACAAACAACCUCCAUCAGGGGAUACCUGAAGCCUCCCCCAUUUUCCGCUAGAAAAAUUUCCCAUUCCCCUGCCUGCCUUUGAGUCUCUGUCCAAAGCAAGGGAUGGUGGCUAGUUCCUUUGCAAACAGCAAGUUGUACAUAAAUAGCCUUUGUUGUGGCCAGACAUGGUGGCUCACAUCUGUAAUUCCAGCACUUCGAAGGAGGA